GUGGACUGUCCCUUAAAGAUCGGGCAUGAGCGACGAGGCCGACGUCUGGUCGCAUGGCGAUGAGGAUCAAGACGACGACGACGGCGUCGAGGAUGAGGCAGCCGACGACGGCGAGGUAGACGACGACGACGGCGGCGCCAACCUCUUUGACGCAUUCGAGGCCUUCCACCUCCAAGCCUCCAAGCGCAUCGCUGUCUUGCUGCAACUGACGAACGACAAGAUCCAUGCGGUGAGCGACGCAGCCCACCCGACGCCCUGCCUCACCAACGCCGACGACGACUGCUACCGGCACUGGUCGGAAGGCGCGCCCUACCUCCGCGUCACGGGUCAUGGCAUGCUGCAUCCGCCGCUGGCCGCCGAGGAGCUGCCAGAGUGCAUACCGCCCGUGGUCGUCGCCACGAAGACGCAUUUGCCGCCGCGAGCGGUGUGCUUGGAAGUUGCUGGUACCGCGAUGCUCCUCAGCGCCAACGAGGGCCUCGACUGGAACGACGAAGAAGUGUUUGCAAGCGAUGGUGUUCUCGACGAACCGCUCUAUGAGCAUCAUCUACCGGACGAAGCAAGUGAUAGCACCAACGAUCUCGUGUCCCCACGCACAUCGCUCGUUCAACAAAUGCACGACGCAUUCCUAGAACGCCUUUGGCUCCAGACAGUCAUCCAAUGCGAUCCGAUCCUGCGCCAAGUGCUCCAGCCGCUGCGUGAGCCCGCACUCCCAACGCCGCCGCCAAGCCCAACACCGAGCCCGACACCAGCCAAGGACGAUCAAGACGAGUUUGAUUUGCACGGCAACGUGCUCACGUCCGUGACGUGUCAUGUGCUGCCAUCGACGCCGCGCUUGGCGACGCGACGUCACUACUCGCCGUCGCGACCCCACGUGUUGCCAUUGUUUGAGCCAAGAACAUGCCACACACCCACGUGCCUGUAG